UAAAAAUGGAGGCUUAAGAUACAGCUCCAUACUGGAGAAGGUAGUCAAAGCCAGCAGGGAGGAUGAGUGGGAAGAGACAGCCAGCUGAGAGAAGGAGAAGGGACUGAGAAGGACAGAGGAGCAAGACAGGAUUUGAGGAUUUUUGGGAAUAUUUGUGCAGAGUUAUUAUCUAUUGUGGCUUGUAAGUAACUCAAAUGAGCUUUAAACUCGUCAAAUCAAUGCGGAAAUCUGUGCAGGUGUUUCCACAUGAGACCCUCCUUAGCCUACCAUUAUAAAUAGUUGCCGAUGUUGUCUCUGCACCAAAAGGGUGCUUACUAAUCGCUAGUUGCAAACGGGAUUUUAGGAUAGUAUAAACUCAAUGGAAGUAAAGAUGGCUGCGGUCCGAUCAUGCGUGCUUGCUUAAUAUAAUAUCUACUAUUAAAAAACUCAGUUAUUAUACAGAUGUUGGUGAGGCUACAAGAGCAUCUAUAGCAUAAACUUCCUUGCAUGGCUAGUCUGAACUCUUAUAAUUUUCAUAUCAGCAAGAAGAGUGGUUUCAAGUAUUAUUCCUUAACGAUUUCGGUGAGUAUAUUGCUAUCUUUUCUUAUCAACAUAUUGUCAAUAAAAGUUUUUCGCAGAAUUCUUAAAGAGUAAAUUCAAAACUGUAAUAGUAUUGGAUUAAGACAUCACAAUCUAUUUCAAAAGCCUAUUGAUGCUCAAACUCAGUUGAAUGGAAGUUCUUGCAGUCUUUAGAACCAUUUGGAGCCUAUUCAUAUUUCCAUUAAGGAGUUUUCCAUUUGCUUUUAAUCAUAUUAUGAAGCGAGCCGUAAAUGUCUAAACCUCUUUUUAUGAUAUAUCAUUUUAAUCAAGUUUUGAACUAUGCUUAAAGUUGUCUUAAAAUUUAGAAGCUGGCAUUUUCAAAGACAAAGAAAUCCCUCAUUAAAAUAGUAAAAUUUGUCUUCUUGGACCGUCACCGUAAUAGACUCUUUGUUGCCUAUAAUGUUUUACUAGUAUCCAAUGUAUGCUAAAUGGAAUCCUCCAUAACUGAAUUACAGAGUGGUAAACUAUCAACUUUGCUCUUUCAAGCUGGACUUCACAGCCUGAGUCUCUGCCUCAGACUGUCUUUUGAGGUCAUUAGAAAUCACCAUCUUUUUAACUGCCGUACUAGUCAUCUUUAGAAAGCUAGAUAAUUCAUGGCUUCAACAGCUGUUUGGGAGCAUGCUUCUAUAAAAAUCUAAUAUUAUUAAAAGCACCUCCCUUGUUUCAGAAAGAUCUCUACUCAAGUAAAAUAUUUGCCAAAAAUCUUUAUUAAAUCACUCGUAGAGAUUGAAGUGCUCUUGGAAGAGUUUGAAAUUUUGAGCCCAUACAUUACCACCACAAAAUGAUCUUCUGUUAGCUAUUUAAGUUCAAAGCUAAAAGAUUUAAUAAAAAUUUCUAACAUGGAUUCAUACACAAAUCAAAAUUUGAAAACUUAUGCUUUCAAAUCAGUGUGAGGAUACUCACGAAUUAUGAAGGAGCUUGUCACUCUCUAUUGCUGCUGCUCACCUAUGACAGAGAUGGCUCCAUACAUGCAAGCCUAUUGUGUUUGUCAAAACCUGUGAUCUUGCCCAGCCCAAGCUGUUGAGGAUGCUAACGAGGCCAACAUUGACAACAACCUUCAAGCUUAUGCUCCCAGCUAUGAACAGAAGCAAGCUGAAAAAGUUGUCACUGAUAUUCAGCAAGAUAAGGAGAGCCUGAACUUAAUAGAUAAGCCUGUAACUCGGAACAAAGACCACUCUCGGAUGAACGAGAGUGUAGAUUAUGAAGAAAGCAAAACUCCUGUUGCCACAAGAGUCUUCAGAAACCGCAGAAGACGUUCUUCAAGACUUGACAUCAGAGCCAGGCUCAUAAGACUCAGAACAAGGAUCCAGAAUGGGCGGGUCACUGGAUUUCAGAGCUCCAGAAAGAAGACCAGAGGAACUACUGAUACAAGCCUAGGAAGGAGGUCUAAAUACAUUGGAGUAUCAAAAAACAACGCCAACUGGCAAGCUCUAAUCAACCAAAGGAACACCAAGAAAUAUAUCGGAACUUUUACCGAUGAACUCGAAGCUGCCAGGACCUACGACUUAUACGCAAUGGCAGUUCAGGCCCAGAAAGCCUGCCUGAACUUCAGCUACUCUACUCAAGAAGUGGAGGAGAUGGUGGACUAUUUCAUUGCUUACAAGGCUGUGAACAUGGCAGCUUUCGAAUCAGUACCAAACUAGAUUAUGCACCUGAUACAAUUCUUUCAUA